AUGCCAUCAUUGUCUGUCUUAAAGAGAACAGUACGGCGUAUUCGACAAAAAGAACAAGCUGCUCCACCAAACCCAAAAACUUUAUUAGAAUUGAUCAUACCAGACGAUUAUAGAACAACAUUUGACGGAAAACCUUUUUUAUUGUUCGACAGUGGUCCUGUAGAAAAUAGAAUUUUAAUUUUCUCCACCCAAAAAAACCUACAACUUCUACAAAAAUGUGAACACUGGUUUGCUGAUGGCACUUUUUCUACGUCACCAAAUUUAUUUUACCAAAUUUACACUGUUCACGGAAUUCAAUUUAAUAAUGUUUUUCCAUCAAUAUUUGCAUUGCUACCAAAUAAAACGGAAACCACAUAUGUUAAUUUCUACAACGCAUUAAAAACAUUGAACGAAUCAUUAAAUCCAAAAUCAAUUAUGGUUGAUUUUGAAAAAGCUGCGAUUAAUGCGAUUCAAAGUGUUUUUACCAACACAUCAGUUCGUGGGUGCUUUUUUCAUCUAUCGCAAAGCAUUUGGAGACGCUUGCAAAAUUUAGGAUUCCAAAAAAGGUACAUGGAAGACUCGGAAUUUGCUUUGCAAAUUAGGAUGAUGGCAGCACUUAGUUUUGUACCAGAAGAGGAUGUAGAAAAUGCUUGGAAUGAACUACUGGACUCAGAAUUUUAUUCACUGAACGAAGAAAUAUUAACACCUUUAAAUACGUGGAUUGGACGUCUUGAUCGAAGAAAUCGAAGGAAACCAGCAUUAUUUCCAGUGACGCUGUGGAACUGUUUUAAAUAUAUUUUCGAAAAUAUCCCCCGGACCAACAAUUCUGUUGAAGGGUGGCAUAAUGGAUUUGCAUCUAGUCUGAACGCAUGUCAUCCAACUAUAUGGAAAUGUAUAGAUUCGUUCAAAAAGGAGGAGAGCCUUAUCAAGUUACAGACAGAACAACUAAUUGCAGGAAUGACGAUAGGUGUUAAACGGAAGUACAAAGACCAUGCAGAAAAAAUUAUAAAAAUAUGUGACGACUAUCAUACUAGGAGUAAAUUAGACUUUUUAAAAGGAAUAGCACAUAAUUUUCAACUCCAACUUUAA